AUGACAAAAAAAAAUAAUAAUUAUUUAAAACAUGAUAAAGUAUUUGAAAAAAGAUCAAAAAAUAAAAACCUUGAUGAUUUUGGUUUUGAACCAGAGAAACCAAAAAAACAAAUUCAAAUAAAAACCAAAGAAAUAAUAAACAAUCAACAAGAAGUAAAUUUAUUUUGGAAAAUAUGGAAAAAUAAAUAUUUAAAAAGUUUAAUAUUAAAUUUUUUAAAAACUGAAUUAAAAGUUGGAGUUUAUAGUUAUGAUGAAAUUGUUAGUGUUCAAUGGCUAUUACAAAAUAAUUAUAUAGAACUAUUAAAAUAUAAAGCAAAAAGGGGUGAUUUAUUAGUAGACUUUUUCGAUUUCAAUGUUAAAGAAUCAAAAAAUAAAGAACCAAAAAAUCUUUAUAAGCAAAUUAAAAAUGAUUUUCAAUUAUAUAAAGAUUUAUUCAAAAAUUAUCCAAUGUACUUCACCCAACCCUAUUAUAAAUAUAAUUGUUACAAGAAUCAUAUGGUUGACCCAAUUAGAUUUGGUUUACAUUUUCCAAUGAGUAUAAAAGAGUAUACAUACAGAGAAUCGAUAGUGAAUGAUAAUGUGGCACCAUUCUCGUUAUUGGAGUAUGAUAGAGUUGAUAUAUUUUAUCUAGCAAUUGAUUUUGGGUCAGUUGAUAUAGCCAAAUAUUUAUUCAAUACAAAAUUGAAAUCUCAAAAAAAUGAUAUCAAUGGUAAAGUUUGGAAGAAUCAUACAUUUACAAAUACAACAUCAAAUCAAACUCCAAAACAUUAUAAUAUUAUAAACAAAAUCGUUAAAUUAUUAAUCAUUGAUUUGAAAUUAAUACCACCAAAAGAAAUGAAUAAAAUUUGUCUAGAUAUUUUCCAUGUUGAUAUUAAAUCAUUAACAGUUUCAGAACUCUAUGAAUGUUGUUUCACCAUAGCAAUAUUAUUAGAACAAACUCAAUUCUUUAAAGAUUAUCAACUUCAAAUUUCAAAAGGUACAAUUAUAGAUAAAUAUAUGAACUAUACAGGUUAUUUACAAAAUUAUUUACCAAAUCCUUUAAUUGAUUUCUUAACUACCACUCAAAUAAAUGAAAUGAAAUCCAUUCAUAAUUUAAAUCAAACUUAUUUAAGCUCAAAAGUAAUUUCAAUUUCAAAAGAUGAUGAAAAUGUUUAUAAAUUAAUUAAAAUGUUAAUACCAUUUACAAAUUAUUCAAAAAGUUAUAAAAAUAACUUUUUUUAUUUUAACUUUAAAUAUUCAAAUAAUGGAUUAUUAAAUUUUAAAAUUGUAAAAAAAGUUGAAGAUAUUUCAAUUACAGAGGAAGAAAACAAAACAAAUACUACUACUAGUAGUUUAAUUCUAAAAGAUUUUAAAUUUGGUGAUUCAAUUGAAAAUGUAAUAUUUGGUAAUCAAGAAUCUAUAAAUUCAAAAAUUGAAAGUUUCAAUAGUUUCGAAGAUUUUCAAGAAUUUACCAAUAAUCCAAUAACAAUUAAACCAAAAAUUUUAAUGACUAUUCUAUUAGAAUUAAAUAGAUUAGAUUUAAUAAUUCAAACUUUAGAUAUCCUAUUAAAUGAAAUACCAAAAGAAAAACUUUUUCCAGUUGGUUUAUUAAAUCAUAUAAAAUCAAUUGAAAUUUUUGAUUACCUUUUAAAUAUUAAAUCAUUAAAGGAUGAAUUUUCAUUUAGAAAUUGUUUAGAAAAUGAUAAAGGAUUAAAUAAUAUUAUGGAACAUAUUAAAACAAAUCAUUUUAAAUUAUAUUUAGAUUUUUUAAAUUCAAUAGACCCAAUUUCAAAUACACCAAUACAUUAUUCUUUUACUUCUUUAAAGUUUAUUUAUAAGAAUAUUAAAGAUUUUCAUAAUUUUUAUGAAAGAGUUGAUAUAUGGACAAGAUGGGAUUAUUUUUCAUUAAGUAUGGAUGAUUUCAUUGAAUUGGUUAAAUUCACUCCAAUUAGUCAAAAGUAUUCAUAUUAUUGUGGUACCACACUUAGAAAUGAUGAUAUGGUGUUAAAAAGAUUACAUUGGGUAAAGAAAUAUAGAUCCUAUGAUUUAUUAAGUGGUAGAUGUGAUAGAGAAUAUGGUAAUAAACUGGGAAUAGAUACUGAAACAACAAUUCACAUUUACGAUUACCUUUUUGGUGAUAUGAAUAAAUUAAAGACAUUUCAAAUUCCAAUGGGUUUAAAUAAUAAUUAUGAUCAUUUAAUAAAUGUUACAGUUGAUAACUACUUUUCAAAGGUUUUUAAAUUAAUUGGUUCUCGUGGUGAUAUUAAAGCAUUGGAAAUCAUUAUGGAAAUUUUACAAAGUAAACCUAUUGUAACUAAUCUUUAUUAUAAUUUCCUUUAUCGUAAUGUAUUAACUCCUAUCAUAGUGAAGGCUGUCAAAAAUUGUAAAUUUAAUGUAUUUGACUUUUUAAAGUUAAACUAUCCUUGGAUAUUUGAUGAUACUUUGAUAAAUACUCAAGAAUUUGGUGAUGGACAAUUUAAAAGAUAUCUCAAUGUUAUAGCUUUAUUAAGUACUGCAAGCCAAGCUGCUUCUGAAAAUAUAACUUUUAAGCAACUUUUAAGUUCAAAUUAUUUUAAUGAAAUUACAAGAAAAAAACUAUAUUAA